AUGAAAACAAAUGAGGAACUGUUACGAAAAGAGGAAGAAGAUAUAUCCAAAACAAUUGCCCUGUCCCUAGAGGAGUACCAUGCUUCACAAAACAAAAAGAACGAGCAGGAUGAAUUUUUAGCAGAAGAUGAAAAUGAUGAAAUGUUGCAGGAAGCCAUACGAUUGUCUAUCAUAGGAUGUAAGAAAAGCAAGGAGGAGAAAAAUAUAGAUACGAAUGAUUCGUAUCGUGAUAUUGUAAAAAAGAAUUUUGAUAAAAUUACAUACUAUUUAUGUAACAGUCAUGAGUCAACAAAAAAUCAAAAUGAUAUAAUCGAUAAUAAACUCUUUUGGAAAGAUAUUUAUAAAAAUUAUAAAAAUAUAUAUAUUAUUAUAAGAGAUUAUAUGAUAAGUUUAAAUAAAAGAAAUGAAAAAAUGAAUGAAGAAUCAAGUGAUUCCACAUCUAGUAGGGAAUAUUAUGAUAGUGAUUAUUCAAGUGAUUGUAGUAAUAACUCAUCUUCCCUUUCGUGUUGCUCAUUGGAGCAAAUAAAAAAAAAUUAUAAAAACAUAAACUACACAACUAAAGAUUAUUGUAAGUGGCUAAGAAAAGGAAAUAGAAGCAAAUGCUUAAACGAUCAUGUAUAUGUGAGUUAUUUAUUAAAAGAAAUGAAAUUACUUGAUGAUAGAAAUAGCAUACACAACUUAGUGUUUGGUGUAAAUAAUUACAAAUACUCCAACAAACAGGAUAUAAAAAAAUGGUUUAAUCAUAGUAUUACAUUUUAUGAAAGUAAACAUAUAAAUUUUGGACUUCGUCAAUUUUUAAGUGGACCCUGUGGACUCAUUUCAAGUAUACAGGGAUAUAUAAUAAUUAUUUUACUAUUUAAUUAUAAGUAUCAUUUUUUAUGGGAUAACAACUACUUCAAUAUUUUGAAGACAAAUGAAGAUUUUUUGAACUUCACGAAUUCAAGCCAUACCAUUGAUAAAUAUUCUUCUAUCAGUGGAUUGAACCAAGCAGGAUUACAAAAUAAGGAUUCCACUGGCGAACAUGACAAGGCAAAAGUAGGAAGUACGACACAAUCUCAUUAUGAUUCACAUAUAUCAAACAGUGAUAAUCGCGAGGAGAAAAUUUCUGAGUGUUACCAGAGAAACCUUUCCAUACAAUUCCAUGAAGGGGGUGUCGAAAAAACUGAAUAUACAGCGCCCACUGAAUCCCAAAUGAUAAUGGAAGAUGAAGAAGACAGAAAAAACUGCUCCAUCCAAGAGAAUCAUUGUCCUUUAGAGUAUCAAAAAAAUUCCGUGAGGAGUGACAAAAAUGAAGAAGAAAAUGCAAAGGGAUGUUGGAAAAUAUGCAAGAACACAGAUAGGGGAAGUGGAAGCAUGGAUAGCACAAGUAGCGAUAAUAAUAAAAAAAAUGACAAUGCUGGUGGUAUAGAUUUGGAGAAGGAAGAAAGAUGUAAAGAGAUCCAGGAAAAGGGAAAAUCAAAUAGAGAAAAGGUAAAUAAUAAAGAUAACGAUGGUAAUGAUAAUUCCCAUAAUGCUGCUGGCAAUGAUGACAAUUGUGAUAAUGACGAUUAUGAUAGCGAAUUUAUACAACUAGUAAGAGACAAUAUAAAAGAUUUAAAAUAUUACUCAUUAGUAGAAUCUAUGGCAUAUAUACUGUACCAAUGUACAGACAAAUCAUAUUACAUUAUAGCAUUUUUGUUACCAGAAUGUUAUGACUAUUCAUAUUACAUGAAUAGAAGGAAUUCAGAUGACAGUAUGAUAAGAGAUUUAAAAAAAAUAAAUAUAUAUUACAAAGAAUUUAGUAGUAUAAAAGAUGUAAUAAAAUUUUAUUUGGAGCAUUUUAUUAUAUUUUCUAGCUCAACAGGUGCAAUUUCAUUUCUAUAUUCUGUUAUAUUAACAAGGGGUAUAGAUAACAUUAAAAAUGAUAUGGAUGAUAUAAAUCAUCCAUUAAUUGGAAUUUAUGGGCACUGCUCGCAGGAGCUAGUUAAUCUACUUUUGACAGGAAGAGCAUGUUCAAAUGUGUUUGACAAUACCAGCGUUAUACAUUCCUUUCCACAUAACGACGCUGAUAUGAGUGGAACUAUUAUGUUCGAAGGGGGGGGAGGAGUAAGUAGAAGGGGCAGCAAUAACAGUGGUAGCAAUACUGGAAUUUUGGGAAAUAUGAACAGCUUCUGUGGUAGUACUAAUAAUUCGCCAGUUAUAAAUCCUAUAGGUGAUUCAAAAUAUCACACGAAGAGCUGGAACGCGAAUGGCAAUGGUGGAAGUGUGUCUAACCCCUCGCUAUCUGGGUUAAACAAAAAUAACAUUAUACUCAAAGGAAUUAAUAAAAGACCAUUAAUCGGUUUACUAACAGAUUUCGAAGCAUUUAAAUAUUGUGAAGUGGGCAGUUUUUAUAAAUACCCCAUUUACCCAAUAUGGGUUAUUAGUAGCUCAAAUCAUUACACUGUUUUGUUUUCCCUAAAUAUUAACAACUCCAAGUGCACAAGUGAAGAAUUAUUUUUAUCAAAAUUAAAUAAAAUAUGGAAUAAAUAUGAUAAAGAGAAUAAUAAAUACAUUUUGUCACAUUUUAUUCCUGAAUUCAUACAAGAUUUGAAUUUAAAAGAGGAAUAUAAAAAUAUGUUUGAUGGUUUUGUUAAUGAUCUUGAUAUUCUCCUAUACUCAGAAUUUAAAUCCUUUUAUUUGCAGCUGAAACAAAAUGACAUUAACCAACUUAAAAACUCGGACCCACCGAAAGAAAAAUAUUUUUAUCUAUACGAUGCUCAAGAGGCUCCGGAGAAAUCUAUUAAUUAUUUUCUUUUAAAAGAAGUUGACUAUGAUGUUUCAAAUGAUAGCCACUUGAAAUUUUUCAACACACGCUGGCCAAACAAUACGGUCGAAAUUUUGAACAAUAUCAAAAGACCUACCAAGCAUAAGUACGCUUGUUAG